UAUAUGAAUAAAUACAAACAGCCAAGUAGUGGUGAUCCACGCCUUUAAUCCCAGGCAGAGGCAGGUAGAUCUCUGAGUUCAAGAUCAGCCUGGUCUACAGAGUGAGUUCCAGGACAACCAGGGCUACACAAGGAAACUCUGUCUCAAAAACAACAGCAACAACAAAAACAAAACAAAAAAACAGUUCUGAGGGGGCAGCAGCCAGGCAAGUUGUUCAAGUGUUUACCCUUUGAGCAUGAAAACUGAGUUUGAUUCCUCAGAACCCUUGGCAGGAAAGGUCUGGUAUGCCUCACAAUCCUGGCAACAGAGACACAAAGGGCAACCCAUGGCGCAGUAUAGCCACACCCCACUUCGGAAAGCGAAGUGGGUAAAGGCGCCUGCUGCCAACUAUGAUGACCUGCGUUUAAUCUCUAGAAGACACAUGGUGGAGCAAAUGAACAGUUGUCUUCUGGUCUCUGUAUGUGCCCCAUCACAGGGUACGCCUGCACAUACACAUACGUGUAAAACAAAUACAUUCAUCUAAUAAAAAAAAAAAACUGAACAUUGAACUUCCAGGGUGUCAAGGAUAUGAAACUAUGUAGAUUGUCACCCAACGAAUGAGACUUUUCUGGGUGGGAUCUUGAACCAGAGAAAGGACAUCAGAGGGAAAACUGGUAAAGUUUAAACACAGUCUGUGGCUCAGUGAAUAUGGUCCAUGGUUACCAACCACUCUCUAGAAGUGGUAAAGCCUCCAUGGUUGCACAAGAUGCUGACAGAGGAAACUGAGUGACUGUGUAGACUUAACAUGAUAUACAAUGGCGACCAGCUUGAGUUAUACCAGUAUAGCUGCUGGAGAACUAUGCUUGGGUCUUUCCUGCACAGCUCCCCAGCAAACCACGUUAGACAGCCAUUAGAGGUGUGUGGGUCAGGAUCAGGGAUGAGCCUAGGUCUUUCAUUUUAGCUUAGAAUAACCAUGUGCAUUCCAUCCAGGAGGAAGUCAUAUUUAUACACCCCUCUGAUAGGGGCCUGUAGGACACACAGAGGUCUUUGUGCUCACAGACAUGCACUAGAAGAACCUGGAAGGUUAAGCACACAGGGUUGUUCCUUCAAGGCUGGAACAGACAUGCUUUCUGGCCUGGUGACCUUCGCACAAUCUGUGUGGCCGGACUUUCGGGCACUGGACCCUCCUCCAGACCCUUCUUGUAAACUUAGUUUUCUCAGUCAAUUGAUAGACCCUGUCUUUAUGGAAGGUGUCACAUUUUACAAAGAAAUUUGAUGUAGUCACAUCUGAUCUGUAUUUAGCUUGCUUACUCAAAGAGAUUUAGGUAUCGUUUGUUGUGCACGAGGGAUUGAGUUAAUCAUCACAAGAGAAGUUUUCACUAGAUGGUGCUGUGCUUAAAUAGGUCUAAAAUAAACCACUGGGGGUCAGACUCCUGAAGUGUGAGCCAGCACUGGCUGCUGAGUGGUGUGCUGAACUGUCUUCUUGGCUCCCAAGGCACCUCAUUCUGCUGCCUGUGAAGGUCACAGAGACACCUCCAUCCCUGGCCUGCUCCAGCUGGUCUCUCCAGGUCUGUUGUUGUUUUGUUUUGGGCUUCUGAUGGUGAAUUUUGGAUCCUUCUGCUUCCACUUCCAAGUGCUGGGAUUACAGGCAUUGGCCGCCAUGAACUACUUUGUUUUUGGUUUUUUGAGACAGAGUCUUACGUAUCUCAGGCUGAACUCUAACUCACUGUGAGACCCAAGCUGGCCUUGAACUUCUGAUCCUCCAGCCUCCACCAAUAUAUCUGGACUGCAAAUGUGUUAUGCCACAUCCAGCUUCCAACUGGUCUUUGCUGCUGCCAGAACCUCCAUAUCAGGCAGCCUCUCCACAAACACCCUGAGAUGCUAAAUGGUCUGUCUCACUUUGGUGUCUGGGUCCUUGGUUUUGGACUAGUCUUCACACACUAACAGCAUCCUCCACAUGUGCACACAUGCAUAUACUACACACACCACAGAAAAGAGUUCUUUAUCCCCCUCCAUCUCUUUCUUGAGACCCAAACUCACAGUCAUCCUCUGUCUCAGCCUUCUGAGUGUUAUGAUUACAGGUGAGACCUACUACAUUCAGCAUAAGAAUGCCCUUCAACAUCUUUGCAAAUUUUAGAUAAAAGUAAACUGGUUUCCAAAUAAAAGCUUGAGGACUGUUGGGCAUUGUGGUGCACACCUUUAAUCCCAGCACUCUGGAGGCAGAGACAGAUGGAUCUCUGAGUUCAAGGUCAGCCUGGUCUACCGAAUGAGUUCCAGGACAGCCAGGACUACAUAUAGAGACCUCAUCUAAAGAAAAGAAAACUACCUUUAGGGCCUUUGAUGUGUCCCAGUGGGUAAAAGUGCUUGCCACCAAGCCUGAUAACCUAUAUUUGGCCUCUGGAACCCACAUGAUGGAAGGAAAGACUCGACUCCUACAAGAUUCCCUCCAAGCUACACAAGCCCACAAUGGCACACACAUGCAUACACACUAUAUUGCAAAUAGUAAUAUAUGUAAUAAGAGAAAAACAACCCAGAGGUUGACUUAGCAGGCAGUUCUGGCAUCCAAGGGCAUCUGGCUAUGGCCUUUGUAUGAGUGAGUUUACUAAGUAUGUAACAAAUCACAGUGAAAUAAUAAAUAGCAAGUGAUGUUAGUCUGAUGAUAGAUACACAGAUGAUAGGUAGAUGGGUAGGUGGGUAGAUGAAUAGAUGGAUGGAUGGGUGGGUGGAUAGAUGGAUGGAUAGAUGGGUGGAUGAGUAUAUGGAUGGAUGGGUGAAUGGGUGGAUGGGUGGGUGGAUGGGUAGAUUGAUGGAUAGGUGGAUGGAUGGGUGAUGGAUGGGUGAUGGAUGGGUGGGUGGAUGUGUUGUGGGAAUCUUUCUGGAAUAAGCAUCUCAGUACCAAUGAGAAUGGAAGAGAAGAGAUGUCACUGGUGGACCAAAGCCAGGACAGCUCCUGAAAGGCCUUGGUCCCAGGUCCAGUUUUCAUUCUCAUUUUAUACUCUUAAACCACAAAUUGGGGCAAGCAAGCAAGAAAGAUUUUACAGACUCCUACGUGGCAGUCAGCCUUUUAUUUUUCCAGGCAUGUGUUAUAAGCUUUUGUGUAAGUUACUAAGGUGUAAGCUUUGGAGUCAGGUGGUUGAGGGCAAGGACGCACGGUGUCAGCUGUUUCUUCAGGUCAUUCUGUCCCAGGUGGCAGGCUCCAUGCUUGGAAAUGAACAGUACAAGCAAUGCUGUAAGUAAAUCUAAUGCCUAUCUCGGGGAAAGAAAGUCUGUUUUUGACCUUAUUCAGCUCCAGAUGGGCUUCCCACGGAGCUUUCUCUCCAGGGCUGAGCCUGCAGCUCUUUGUCUCCCUCAGACACUUUUAUAUUAUGGGGUGGACAGUAUGAACAGUAGUCAACACGGUUGGAAACGGUUCACCUUCCAGCUAUCUCAGGGACAUGGUGUUUUCACUCGGGCUGCUUUGCUUUUCUUUCCUUGCAGGUGCAGAGUUGGGGGAGAGGGCAGCUCAUCCCUAGACAAGGAGUCUUCGAGGACACUUAACAUAGAUAGAAGUGUUUGGGUCUGAAUUAGGGGUGGCAGCCUCACUUACAGAGCUACAUUGUCAAAUAGCAUGUGACAAUUGACCAACACAGUGUUCACUGCAGCUGGGACACUGGUGAAACCGGCUUCUUUAUAAAAAUGUUUAUUACAUUUAUUUGUGUGUCGAUGUCCAUGCAUGUGUAUGGCACCCGUGUGGAGGGUAGAGGACAACCUGUGAGGUAUUCUCCUCAGCCCUUCCUGGAAAUGCCUUCACAGACACACCCAGGAGCCUGUCUCUUAGUUGAUUUCAGAUCCAAUCAGGUUGAAAAUCGAUACUAAGCGUCACAGGGCUAGGGAGAUGGCUGAGUCAGUAAUCUGCUGCACAAACAUGAAAAACUGAGUUUGAGUCUCAGAAUUCAGGUGUUAAAAAGUCACUUGGCACAUGCCUUUAAUCCCAGCAUUUGGGAGGCAGAGAGAGGCAGGAUCUCGGUGAGUUCGAGGACAGCUUGAUCUACAUAGCAAUUUCCAGGACAGCCAGAUAUUCUUAAUGAGAUCCUGUCUAAAAAUAAAAUGAAAUAAAAUAAAAUAAAAUAAAAAUAGCCAGGCAGUGGUGAUGCAUGCCUUUAAUCCCAGCACUCAGAAGGCAGCGUCAGGCUGAUCUCUGAGUCUGAGGCCAGCCUGGUCUACAAAGAGAGUUUCAGGACAGCCAGGACUACACAGAGAAACCCUGUUUCAAAAAACCAAAUGAGGCCGGGCGGUAGUGGCACAGGCUUUUAAUCCCAGCACUUAGGAGGCAGAGGCAGGUGGAUCUCUGUGAGUUUAAGGCCACCCUGGUCUACAGAGUGAGUUCCAGGACAGCCAGGACUACACAGAGAAAUAUAUAAGUGUGGGUGUUUGUCUUCGUUAGGGUUUCUAUUGCUGUGAAGAGACUCCAUGACCAUGGCAACUCUUAUAAAGGAAACCAUUUAAUUGGGUGCCUUAUAGUUCAGAGGUUCAGUCCACUAUUAUCAUGGUGGGACAUGGUGGUGUGCAGGCAGACAUGGUGCUGGAGAGGUGGCUGAGAGUUCUCCAUUUUGUGCAGGCAACAGGAAGUGAACUAAGAUAUUGGACAUGACUUGAGCAUAUAUAAGACCUCAAAGCCCACCUCCAUAGUGACACACUUCCUUCAACAAAGCCAUACCUCCUCCAACGAAGCCACACCUCCUAAUAGUGCCACUUCCUUAUGAGCUUAUGGGGGUUAAUUACAUUUACACUACCACAGUGUGUAUGUACCAUGAUGCUCAUGUGGAGGCCUAAGGUCAACUUGAAGGAGUUGGCUGUCUCCUUCACCACGUGGGGCCCAGGGAUUAAACUCAAAUUAUCAGGCUUGACAGUAAAUGCCUUUACCCCCUGGACCAUCUUGCCAACCUGGUGUGUUUUUUUUUGUUUGUUUGUUUGUUUUUGUUUAUUUUUUUUUUUUAGUGAGGGUCUCAUGUAGCUCAGGCUAGUCUUAAACUCAUGGUCCCCCUGCCUCCUUCUCCCGUGCUAGGCUUAUAGGUGUUAUCACAGAAGGUUCCCCAUAUUUUUUAUCACAAGACACAUUCCAGAAGACAGUUGUCAGCACAACCCAAUGACGUGUGGAUUUAGUUGGAAAUUACAGCAGGGUACAGUAUGGCAGACCACACUUUCUGUCCUCUGAAUCACUAACCAGACAUGGAAAACAGGCCCCAGCACAAGAGAGAAGCACAUGGAAUUAGACAUAAUUCCUCUCCACAGUCAGCUUGCAUACCACUAGCUUUUUUAUUGUUUUGCCUUUUCUGGUUUGUUUGUUUUAAGAAAGGGUCUAGUGUAGCUCAAUGCCUUGGUUAAGGUUUCUAUUUCUGUGAUAAAACACCACGAUCAAAAGCAACUUAGGGAGGAAACUAUUUCAUCUUAUAACUCUCAGGUCACACUCCAUCACUGAGGGCAGUCAGUGCAGGAACUCAAGGCAGGAACCUGGAGGCAGGAGCUGAUAGAAGAUCCAUGGAGGAGUGCUGCCUCCAAACCUGAUCCUCACGGUUUGUUUGGCUGUUUUCUUAUGUAACCCACAGCCACCUCCCCAGGAUUGGAACUGCCCAACCCUAUAGGCCAAUCUAAUGAAGUUGUUGUUAUUAGUUGAGAGUCCCUUUUCCCAAAUGACUGUAGCUUGUGUCAUAAAACCAGCCAGCAUACUGCAGGCUGGCCUGGAACUCCAUAUGUAGCUGAGGGUGGAAUGCUGGGAUUCUAGGUGAGUACUCUCAGACCUGGCUUAUUUAGGGCUGGAGAACCCAGGGCCCAGUGCAUGCUAGGCAAGUAUUCCACCCAGCCAUGCCUUUAGCCCUUUCUUUUUUAGAUUAUUGUAUUUUAAUGUGUAUGAGUGUUUUCUCUGCACAAUUUGCAGGCAGUGUGCCAUCAAAUCAUUUUUUUUUUCAGUCAUCUUGGAUGUUCAGAGUCUCCUCAUCAGUCCUUACUGCUUAUAUAAUCUUGGGGAAGGAGGGGCUUGUCCAUCUGCUAGGUUUAGGGACUUCCUGAGACUUGUGAGUUGUUUACUGACUGAGUCUUAAUGAGUCUCUGACCAUAGAUCAUCUUUUUUUUAAAAUAACUUAUUUAUUUUAUGUACAUUGGUGUUUUAGUACCACUAGGACUGGAGUUACAGACAAUUGUGAGCUGCCACAUGGGUGCUGGGAAUUGAACCAGGUCCUCGGGAAGAACAGUUAAUGCUCUUAACCACUGAGCCAUCUCUACAGCCCCUCAUCAUCAUCUUUUAAAAGGUGUUUUGCUUUUUGUUUUUUGAAGACAGGUCCUGGAUCUCACUCUGUAGACCAGGCUAGCCUUGAACUCAGAGAUCUGCCUGCCUCUGCUUCCCAAGUGCUGAGAUUAAAGGCAUGUGCCACCACUGCCUGGCCAAAAAAUGGUUUUAUUUAUUUAUUAUUAUUAUUGUUAUUAUUAUUAUUAUUAGGUUUUUCGAGACAGGGUUUCUCCAUGUAGCUUUGUUGCCUGUUCUGGAUCUCACUCUGUAGACCAGGCUGGCCUCAAACUCACAGAGAUCUGCCUGGCUCUGCCUCCCCGAGUGCUGGGAUUAAAGGCGUGCACCACUGCCACGCAGCUACUUAUUAUAGCAGCUACUUAUUAUAUUUUUUAAAGACAGAGUCUCACUGUAAAGCUAUGGCUGGCUUGGAACUUGCUAUAUAGACCAGGUUGGCCUUGAACUCAAAGAUUCACUGCCUCCAACUCCUGAGUACUAGCAUUGUUGUUUCCCACCACACUUUUUUUUCAUAAUUUUUAAAAAUUUUAUGUUCAUUGGUGUUUUGACUGCAUGUAUGUCUGUGUAAGGGUGUCAGGUCCCCUGGAACUGGAGUUACAGACAGGUGUGAGCUGCCAUGUGUGUGCUAGAAAAUGAACCCAGGUCCUCUGGAAGAGCAGCCAGUGCUCUUAACCACCUUAGGAUUGAGAAGUCCCUCCAACUUCUGAGUCUUUUUUGUUUGUUUGUUUGUUUGUUUGUUUUUUAAGACAGGGUUUCUCUGUAGCCCUGGCUGUCCUGGAUCUCGCUCUGUAACCCAGGCUGGCCUUGAACUCACAGAGAUCCACCUGCCUCUGCCUCCCAAGUGCUGGGAUUAAAGGCUUCCAACUUCUGAGUCUUAAGGAGUCUCCUUUACAUAGCAAACUUUUUUUUUUUUUUCGAGACAGAGUUUCUCUGUGUAGCUUUGCGCCUUUUCCUAGAACUCACUUUGGAGAUCCACCUGCCUCUGCCUCCUGAGUGCUGGGAUUAAAGGCGUGCGCCACUACCGCCCGGCACAAACUUUCUUGUUGGACUUUUUCUGUGGGACCAACAGCUCCCCAGUAAUGAUCCAGAAACUUAUUAUUAAUUAUGGAAGCUUGGCCUUAGCUUAGGCUUUUCUUCAACUAGCUCUUAUAACUUAAUUAACCCAUGUUUUUCAUCUACGUUCUACCAAGUGGCUCAGUUACCUCUUCUAUUUUUUUUUUUUUUCUGAGACAGGUUUCUCUGUGUAGCUCUAGCUGUCCUAGAACUAGCUUUGUAGACCAGACUGACCUCAAACUCACAGAGAUCCACCUGCCUCUGCCUCCCAAGUGCUGGGAUUAAAGGCACGCCACCACCACCACCACCACCGCGCGGCUUCGGUUACUUAUUCUUAGUAAAGCACAUCCAACUUGCUCCGAGUCUGCUGGUGAAAUCUGUGAGCCUAGAUUUCUCCUUUUCUUUCUCUCUCUCCCCCAAAUCCGGCCUAUCCUCUCCUGUCUAGCUAUUGGCCAUUCAGCUCUUUAUUAAACUGAUCGCAGCAGUACAUCUUCACACAGUGUACAAAUAUGCCACAACACCUUUAGAACUGUCUGGGAGUUCUGGCUUCUUUUCAGUCACUGACCAACGCAAGUUACAGUAGAAAACGGUUCCUUCCAUCUGACACAGUUCCUGAUCUGCUGCUGAGGACCUUUGGGCAGGGAUGGAGCAGCAUCACUGGGCAGAGGAAGGCUUCUCCUGGCCUGCUCCCUGACUGGCUCACACUCAAGCUUGGCUAUCUUUCCUACACGCUCAGACACCCUGGAGCUGGAGUUACAUGAGUUGGGAACUGAAGGCAGUCCUUUGGAAGAGCAACCAGUACUCUGAAUCACCUCUCUAGCCUCAAUUAUUUUCUUUGGCAGCCCUUUGAGGAAGGGGUCUGUCGUAGGAAUUUAGCAGAGUCACUGUAUCCAGAGUAGACAUUAGAAUGAACAGCUGUUUUCUAGAAGUACUUUGACCUUGAAGAAUCCUGUGAAAACAGUGAUUGUUUUCCGUAAUAUGUAGAAUUGUUUUACUGAGAGGGUAUUGCUGCCAUCCUAUGACUUUGGUCACAAGACACCUCAGGCACACCUGAGGCUCUUGUAUUAUUGUGUAUUGCACACAAUACAUAAUAAAGGAUUAGAGUCAUGGGGGCAUGUGAUGCUCUUAUUUACUAAAUUAGAAUAGGGACCUUGGUAUGAGAAAAUACUUUGUGUAAUGAUCAAUAAAUACAUCUUUGUAUGGCUAUUCGGGGUUUAGUUCAUCAGAGAGGCUGGACCUUCCUGCUGCCACAUAAGCCUUAAAAUUUCAUUUUAGAGGCCAGGUGGUGGUGGCUCACGCCUUUAAUCCCAGCACUUGGGAGGCAGAUCCAGGUGGAUCUCUGUGAGUUCCAGACCAGCCUGGUCUACAGAGCAAGUUCUAGGACAGGCUCCAAAGCUACACAGAGAAACCCUGUCUCAAAAAAACCAAAACUAAAAACCAAAACAAAACAAAAACCAAAAAGGGAUGCUGAGGCCCAGAGCCCAGGUUCAAACAGGCUGACCAGCCCCUAGCCACUAGCCUCUGCUUCCUUUACGUUAAUUUCCUUCCAAGAGCCAUGACUGUUGGGGAGUGGGCUGUGGCUGCCAGCCAGACAUGAGAAGGAAAGGCCAAGCCUCCCUUGAGUCUUCCUGGCUGGCUUCAUCUCCUUGGGGACUCUCUAAUGCCUCCCCCAUCCACUGGCACCCCUAUUCCUGCCUGUGGUCAGCCCAAAUACCAGAUAGGGUGACUCUUAGCCUUUCCUCAAACACUCCUCGUCACUGUGGCUCAGUUUCGGCUGGCUGAGGUUAUGAAAAUAGAGCUGGGGUGGUUGGAGCAGGCAGGGAUCUGUAGGACGGGCUAGAUGAGCCUUGCCACCCUAUCCAGCCCUCUGCCUGCCCUCUUCAGGGAGGGGGAUGGUCAUCCUCCCAGGCCCUGUGGUAUAGCUCUGUAGCUCUGUGUGUGUGUGUGUGUGUGUGUGUGUGUGUGUGUGUGUGUGUGUGUGUGUGGUGUCCUAUGCCGAGAGAUGGAGGGUAGCGUAGUCACAGGGGACAUUGGAGGAAGUGAAUGCUGGACCGGAGCUUGAGAAGAGACACCACGGGACUGAUUAUGGUAAGGUGGGCAGGGAGGGUCUGGGGUGGGUCUGCCCACUGUCUAGGUGGCCAAGCCUACUCUUCAGGGGGAACCCCUGACCAGGCUGACCUGUUGUUGACCCUUGCUUUACCCCAGAGGUCUCAAGAGCUGCUGCUGCUCCUGAUGCUGAGGUGGACAGCAGCACACAUGGAGGACCUUGCUUUCCCACACUUGGGUGACAGCUCACAGCCCCUGCUGAGGGCCUGUCCUUGGCCCUGUUCCUGUCCACAAGAUGACACAGUAGACUGUGCUGGCCUGGGCCUGAGAGUAUUCCCGGACAAUGUCACCAGGGCUGCUAGGCACCUUUCCUUGCAGAACAACCAGCUGCAAGAGCUCCCCUACAACGAGUUGUCUCGCCUCAGUGGCUUGCGCACCCUGGACCUGCACAACAACCUCAUCUCCUCAGAGGGCCUGCCUGAUGAGGCCUUUGAGUCCCUCACCCAGCUAGAGCACUUCUACGUGGCCCACAACAAGCUCUCCGUUGCCCCCCAGUUCCUACCACACUCCCUGCGUGUCGCCGAUCUGGCUGCCAAUGAAGUGGCGGAAAUCUUUCCUCUCACCUUUGGGGAGAAGCCUGAACUCCGGUCUGUGUACCUCCACAACAACCGACUGAGCAACACUGGUUUGCCACCUGACACCUUCCAUGGUUCGGAGGCCAUCACCACCCUAAGUCUCUCCAGCAAUCGGCUCAGCUACCUACCACCCAGCCUGCCAGCCUCCCUGGAGCGGCUUCACCUGCAGAACAAUCUCAUCUCCAAGGUGCCCAGAGGAGCCCUGAGCCGGCAGACUCAGCUCCGUGAGCUGUACCUGCAGCAUAAUCUGUUGGCAGACAGUGGCCUGGAUGCAACCACCUUCAGCAAACUGAGCAGCCUUGAGUACCUGGACCUGUCCCACAACCAGCUGGCCACAGUGCCUGAGGGUCUCCCUGGAACCCUGACCAUACUGCACCUGGGUCGCAACUGCAUCCGGCAGGUGGAAGCGGUGAGGCUGCACAGAGCGAAGGGCCUGCGCUACCUGCUGCUGCAGCACAAUGAGCUGGGGGCCUCGGCGCUGCCCGCGGGGACGCUGAGGCCUCUGCGGGCCCUGCACACGCUGCACCUCUACGGCAACAGGCUGGAGCGCGUGCCCCCAGCAUUGCCGCGCCACCUGAAGGCCCUGGUGAUGCCUCACAACCGCGUGGCCGUGCUAGGUGCGCGGGAUCUGGUUUCCGCGCGAGCCCUAGCCGAGCUCAACCUGGCUUACAACCGCCUGACUAGCGCGCGCGUGCAUCCCGGCGCCUUCCGCCGCCUGCGCGCCCUGCGCAGCUUGGACCUGGCCGGCAACCAGCUGAGCCGGCUGCCGGAGGGCCUGCCCGCCAGUCUGUGCUCCUUGAGACUGCAACGUAACCAACUGCGGGCCCUGGAACCGGAGCCGCUGGCCGGCCUGAAUAAACUGCGGGAGCUGAGCCUGGCGCACAACCGGCUCCGCGUGGGCGACAUCGGGCCUGGCACCUGGCACGAGUUGCAGGCACUGCAGGUGCUGGAUCUGAGCCACAAUGAGCUGUCCUUUGUGCCCCCUGACCUGCCUGAGGCCCUGGAGGAGCUGCACCUGCAGGCUAACCGUAUCAGCCACGUGGGCCCAGAGGCCUUCCUCGGCACACCCCACCUUCGUGCUCUCUUUCUGAGGGCCAACAGGCUUCAUGUGACAAGCAUCUCGGCCGAGGCCUUCCUGGGGCUUGCACACCUACGUGUGGUAGACACCGCAGAAAACCCAGAACGGGUCCUGGUCCGGCUGCCACCCAAGGGCCGGGGGCCCUGAGCCCUGAGGGCUAGCCAAGUAGCCCUGGCCUGAGUGCUGAUGGAUGGUGGGCUAAGAAAGGUCUAGUUGGGCCUUGGAGACUGGGCCUGUUUGUCAGAGCUGGCCAAAGCACCAGGAGCGGGCGUCCACAAUAGGUGGGGUUGGGGGUGCUAAAGCGGGAAGUGUGAUGACUUAACGUUCUGGGGUGUGGACUGCACCUCCCACCAGCUGGUGAUGGGGAAAAUAAACUGGACCCCUUUCCAUGUUCA